CUUGGCUUUCCCAGGCGAGAGACGAUCCUCGGCAAGUUCAUCGACCAUCAUCUUCGAACCGCUUCUGCUCGCCUCGACAUUCACCUCGUCCACCUUCUCUUCAGCGCCAACAGGUGGGAGGCAGCAGCAGAGAUUCUCCGCAGCCUGCGAGAAGGGAGGCAUGUGGUCGUCGACCGCUACUCCUUCUCAGGCCUCGCCUACAGUAUCGCGCAGGGUCUCGGGCGUGACUGGUGCUUCUCGUGGGAGGUUGGUCUGCCUGCUCCUGAUGUCGUCUUCCUGCUCGACAUCGACCCGAGCGCUGCUGCGCAGCGACCUGGUUACGGGAAGGAGAGGUACGAGAAGGUCGAACUCCAGCAGCGAGUUCGAAAUGCCUUCCUUGAGGAGGCAGAGAAGGGGAAGGGGGCGAGCCGAUGGAUCAUGCUGGAUGCGUCGCUACCGAGUGAAGAGACGGCGAAGCAGGUCAAU